CAUAAUGUUACAUUUUGGCCGGCGAGGCAGAGAAAACCUUUCCUCCCUAACACGAAAGGACUUCGCAGUAAUGAGAGGGGAAGGAAAUCAGCUCUUCGUGUACAAAACAAAAGAUGAAAAAACAAAGAACCAUCAAGAUGAUUCUGAAAAAUCAUCUGAUGGAAGGAUGUACGAGAUAAAAGAUAGUGACCGAUGUCCCGUACGAAGUUUUGUGAAAUAUCUUCGACGACUGUCUCCUCAUUGCCCAAGAUUGUUCCAACAGCCCCGAAGUGUUCCUAAAGACAAUACUUACUACUGUAAUAUACCUGUGGGUCAUAAUGAACUUGGACAGUAUAUGAAAAGAAUUUGUGUCAGUGCUGGAAUAAAUGUACUCUACACUAAUCAUUCAUGCCGGGCAACAACUGUAAGUGUGUUAGAUUCAGCAAAUAUCCCAAGUAGACAUAUUAUGUCAGUUACUGGUCAUAAAGCAGAGAGUUCCCUUAAAACAUAUUCAGGGAAGACCAACGAGAACACCAAAAAAGUAAUGUCACAGAUAAUCUCAGGGAAAAUAUCAGGAAGAAAGGCAACAGAAACAGUCACUAGUCCAAGCCCAAUGCAAGAUUACAGUUUAUUGCCCCUAUCAAAUUCACAGGAAGAAGUUCUUAUGAAAGAUUUAUUUGAUGAAUCGGAUGGAAUUGAUGAUAUCCUACGUUCUAUUGAAUUUGAACAGAAUGUCCAAGUACAGAAAACUCAGGUUAACACCACCUUGGUACAGCCACCUACCUUACAGUCAGCUAACAUGCUUGUACCGAUUCCAGGCCUGAGCCUUACCAACUGCACAAGUGUUACCAUAAACUAUAACAUUAUGCAAAAACACUAACACAGAGUAAAUGAGUUUUUGUGUUCAAAAUUGUUGUUAGUUAAUACAAAAUGUUUGAAUAUGUUAUA